AUGCAGGAAAGGGGGGAUUCCAAAUUGGUCUGCCCCCUGUGUCGAGAAGUGAAUGAGAGACCUCCUUUGGAAGAAUGGCAGAUUCGAGCCUUGACUCUUCUCAUCAUGCAACACGGUCCCCUCCUGGAGCAAAGCCUGCACGUAAGUGAGGAAAUCCGGAAGUUCCAAGAGUAUAUGACCCUGGACGCUGCCACCGCCAACCCCUUCCUUGUGCUCUCCGAUGACCUGAGAAGCGUCCAGUGCGGGAAGGUCUGCCGCAACCCAAAGGAAGGUCCCGAGAGAUUCACCCACAUGCCCUGUGUCCUGGGCACCCCCCACUUCUCCUCUGGCCGCCAUUAUUGGGAGGUCGAAGUGGGAAAGGGCAAGGAGUGGGCUAUAGGUGUCUGCAAGGAGUCCGUGAACAGAAAGGAGAAGAGCAGUUUCUCUUCUGAGCUUGGCUUCUGGAUCAUCAGCCUGACGGGAAAUGCCAUCUACCCGAGCUCCUCCCCACAGACCAGAAUUUCUGCAAGCUCUGACCUUGACCGUGUGGGAAUUUUCCUAGAUGUGGAGAUGGAAGAAAUCAAGUUUUUUGAUGUCAGAAAUGAUGCCCUCAUCUACACAUAUCGUCAGCUCUCCUCCUUGGAGCCUUUGCGUCCCUUCUUCUGUCCUGAGCAUCCUGGAGAAUGUGACAGCGGCGCCCCCUUGAGCCUCUGCCCAUGA